AAGAAGCCAGGAAGAACAACGUGUUACGUUAGCAUAAACAGCUAGUUCAGCCGUGUGUGUGAGUGUAUGUGUGUGUGUGUGUGUGUUAUAAGCUCCGAGCUUGUGCAGCUGUAUCAUCCCACAAGCGACCCUCUCCCCAGCGAACGGGCCGCUUUAGGUCACCUCUCAUCUGAUACAGUGACGCUGUAGCACCACUGCCAGUUCUGUGACCCAAGAAAAUAAUGUGCUGCAGCUGAAGAUGGGUGGCAGCGGCUCCAGAUCCAAAGGAUUUUGGCCUUUUUCUGGCUCAGUUAGUGUGGAAGACCCAACCAAAGAUGGAAAUGAGCAGCCCCUGGCCAGAGUUCGAAGUUUCCGAGGCGCAACGCCUUGGGUGUUUACGAGACGAAGCUCUUUGUUCUUUGAUGAAGACGGCGACUUGGCCCACGAGUUCUAUGAAGAAACAAUUGUGACGAAAAAUGGACGAAAAAGGGCCAAACUGAAAAGGAUUCAAAAAAAUCUAACACCUCAGGGAAUUAUAAAGCUGGACCACCCAUGCAUCCAUGUAGAUUUCCCAGUUGUCCUCUGUGAAGCAUGACAAUGUCUGAGGAUUGUCUCAGACGAGCCACUGUGUCAACUCCGUCCCGUGGUUUUCCCUUCAGCUGGAAGCCUGAACCACCUUUUAAAAAACACAUGAUCUCUUGAUAUAUUUGAUGCUCUUAUGUGGACAGGCAGAUGCAAUGUUGCUGAGCCUCUGCAUGUGAUCUUUUGGCUUGUGUUCAGACACAGAAUAGGUCACCGGUGGGGACGUUGAAGGGUGCCAAGUUGGCAAAACCUACUCAGUUUACAGAUCAUGGUUUGUGUGCAUGUAUGUGUGAAUGUGUGUGCAGACACAGGUAAUCGUGACAGUCCUGGAGUUGUCGCUGCAGAUAGUUUUUCUGGUAUGAUUCACUGAACUCUAGGAGUUCAAGGAGAAUGUAACCAGUUCUCUCUCCUGUCACAGUAUAUAUAGAGCAGGAACUUUUAGCUGCACACUUUAGAUUAUUGACACCCUCAUGACUCGAUUUAUCAUGCAUGGAACAGGAUCAGCUUAUCGGUAACAUCCGAGGGAGUUGACAAUCAGCUGCCCAAGAAAUCUGAAGUGGAUUAACGUCAUGGAUGGACUGGCUUCAGUGACCUCCGAGCCUCACAUGUACACAGCAGCAGCAAGAGAUCCUGUCGUUUUCUUUGCUGCUUCCGCAUAUUAUGUUUCACUUUUAAUUUAUUAUAACUUUUUUAAUUACAAUUUAAAAUGCUGAAUUGUGUCAUGGUCCUUUUUUUUUUAUAUCCAUACAUUAUCACUGAACAGCAGUAGAGUGCAUUUAGUUUGCAAAUCAUCAAGAUCAGGGGGAUAAAAUCUAAGGAUGUACUUUACAUAUUAAUGGCCUAUAAUGACUUUAUUUGUACCGGUGCAGAUUAUAGUUACUACACACGUCUGGCUGUAAAUGCCUCAGGACACAAAGGUCGUGGGAAUUUUCAAGGGAAUUAGAGCAUUAUAAGCAACCAGCAGAGAGUUCACAUACCACAACUGAAACAAGUACAAAUUCAAUUGGCAGAUUUCAGCAAAUAUACACACUUGUUUGACAAAUUUUUCCAGGCUCUCUUUCAUCAUAUACAUAUAGUGCAUCAACACCAUUCAUCAUUUGACUAAAGCCUCUUCCUUGUAUUGAAGGAUUUAGGUGUGAAAGAUAGAUAAACUAGUAAGUUACUUUUAAACGACUGGAGACCACUAUUUGUAAAAUAUAAAUCAUAUUUUACUGUUUAAUAAUUAUUAUGUAAAAUAAUUGUAUUUAUUUAAUCACAUCAGGACUAUUCAAAUACUUUUUAUUCUGUAGGCUGUAAUGAAUAAACAACCUCCCAUCUUCAGUUUUGUUCAAGUGACAGCAAGUCAUUUUUAAUACUAAGUGAAAUGCAGGGAGUGUGAGGAAACCGAUUCAUCAGAAUUUAAUGUGGUUAGUCUUUGUAUCAGAAUUAUUUAAUAUGGCUAUAAGAGUCUUUUGUAAUGGCAGAUAAUUCAGCUUUUUGUCAGACGUUGUAAACACUAAAAUGAACUGACGCCAAUGUUGUGGAAAUAAUGCUCCCGACCUCCACCUGCGAUGACAUUAACCACCUGCAGAGGAAAUUGCGAAGGCGAAACACUGAUUGGCAAUGUGCGUGUAUUUGUGUGUGCUAAUGAAGAAUGGAUGAGGUGGAGAGAAGUGAAGGCCAUCAAUUUCCAUGUCUCCAUGAGAAAGUGGUUUCUGUAAAGCCGUCUCUGAUAUUGUUCUCCUCAGAGGAUAAACAGGACUGUGCCAAAAUCCACUCCACUUUAUUGCUUCCAUGAUAUUAAUUUACUCUGCACAAGUCCUCUGGCUGAAUUCUUCUAUCAGUUGUGUCUGGGGGAGACAUGGCGAUACAAUUACUUUUUGUUGUUUACUUUCACAAAACUGUAAUAUUAUGCAAGGCCAUGAGGUGAAUUGUGGCAUUAGGGUUAAAUGAAAAGAUCUGACUCAGCAAACUGCCCAUGGUUUGGCUUUUCUGACUAAAGUCUGGGCAGGUUUUGAGAUACUCACAAAGACCACUGUAAUCUUUUAUCUUACUAGCAAGAAUGUGUUUAUUAUUUUAAAUUCUUUGUAGAAACCUGCCAUGUCUAAACAACAGCAGUGAAAUCAAGAGGAACUGUUGAUAUACCAACAUAGUCUUCAGCAGAGAAAUCCACAAAUUAAUCAUGGGUUAGGGUUAGUAAUCAUGUAAUUUAAGAAAUGGUUUUAAAAUAUAUGAUUUGUCAAUAAAAGUAAUUAAAUGUG